AUGAUCUCAUUCUUGUUGUUGGCCUUUUUCAUUCCGAUUUCAUACGCUGGCAAGGAAUGCGUUUGGAUUAUGGGUCGCGUACAGUGUGAACAUGAUCCGACCAAAAAUCUGAACGUAGAGGUGAGUUUUUCGCUCUCAGUUUUUCAAUGGAGUCUUGACGGUCUCGACUCUGUUACGAUUAUAAUUAAUGUGAAUUCUGGAUCUUUUUGA